AUUGGUCUGUGUCACGGAAACGGUGGGUUCAAAGGAAAUAAUAACUGCUACUUGAAAAUCAUGGCUGCUGCAGCGGUGAGAGCUAUCGGGUCUAACCUUGGCAGAAACCUCCGGGAGGUUCGGCUACAUUUUUGCCAGACGUCAGUGGCGAGUCAAGGCGCAAGAGAGUUCGUGGAGCAGCAUUAUGUGACACUGAAGAAGUCGAAUCCGCAAGUCCCGAUCCUGAUCAGAGAAUGUUCUGGAGUGCAGCCUACACUGUGGGCUCGAUACGAAUUUGGUAAAGAAAGGAGUGUGACUCUGGAAAACAUGAAUGUGGACCAGGUGGCAAAGGCUUUGGAAACAGUGGUUAAUACCAAACCAUGACAAAGGGAUUUCUUCUUGACAGAGUGCUAAGAAAUGUUAGUGUAAAACUGAGUAUGUUUAAUAAAUGCUAAUACAUA